AUGUCAUACGCGAUUCCGAGCGUCUUCAUGACGUGUAACGCUCGAUCGGACUCUGAAUAUCGAUGCGUUAACGACGCAAAGCACAGUCUCUAUGAACUCGGAUACGAUAUUGGGGACGUAUUUGAAGGUGCUCCGACGAAGAAGACCGUUCACGUGCUGGUGGUGGUUCCAUUGUCUACGGCAGAGGAUGUCGCGUUGAGCGCGAAGGACUUAUGCACUGUGGAUCCUGAUGUUCAAUUGAAUUUGUGGAAGUCAGUUGUUAGAGUUUCCUCGGAACAUGUGUGCUCAGGAACGGCGCUGGUUGUGGACCAAACCCCGAUACACUUGUAUCUUAUGACGAACUUGCACUUGUGGACAGACGCUACAUUCUCGAAGUACUUGAUCGCCGACUUCAAGCGUGAAAUCAGACGGUAUAAGAGACUUCACCCCACAAGGAAAACAAGUGGAGGGAAACGAAAAAAAGCUGCGAAGAACGCUGAUGUUGCAAUACAGCAGCCUCGUAAAUCUCAACGGAUUGCAGCGAUGAACAAAAACACACCAGUUUUGUCAGACAAGCCUCAAGUUGUGGUGGAACAACUCCUUCCUGAUACGACGAAGCCGGAAGAAGUCCACCGAUUCAGCCUCGACAGAGACGCGUGCUGGCGUAGUUCGGCAGCGUUCGACUUUGCAAUCUUCGAAGUUGCUGUGCCACGAGAUAACAAACUCGUUCCAUGUAAGAUGUCCCUUAAAGUGUAUGACACAAUGAGUGUGGACGUGUUCGGAUUCCCUGGCGCACUUCAAGACCAACAUUUUGAUCACGAUUACGCCAUCAUUCCAGCUAAAAUCACCGGUUGGAGCGGAAACCAAAUGACUCUCUUAUCUUUGUCAGCUCCUGGUCUAUCUGGAAGCGCGAUUGUGUGCACCAAAAGGGGGGUACCAGUGGGAUAUAUGGGUGGGCUGGAUGACUCAGCGAAGAACGAACAGUACCAAUCCUAUGGCUUCACAUUUCACGGAGUAAUCCCCGAAUUACCGUCUUCGUUGCCGCCUGAUCCCGAAGGUGAAACAAAGGAUGAGCUAUAAUAUGUAUAGCGCCGGUGGUAAGUGAAUGCGAGUUGCUAUGGUGAUCGUGGAUGAAAGAAAUAAACUUCUUUUGCGUAAGACUUGUCUUCUUAAUUAAUGCUUACUCCUGAUGAUUAUAUAAGGAGAGAUCACUUAUUCACACGAACAAUACCAACUCAACAAGGAGCUCAUUAAAGCAGAGCAGAAGCG